UGUCGUCGUGACAACCGGGCAGCGUUUAUCCACAUAGCCUCCUGCGCUGACCGCGGACGGAGGACGCUGGCCACCGCCUCCUCAUGCCUGGCGGUAAGAAAAAGAAGCUGACCAAAGCUGAGCGACUGAAGCUGCUCCAGGAAGAGGAGGAGCGACGACUGAGGGAGGAAGAGGAAGCCCGUUUGAGAUAUGAGAAAGAAGAACAGGAAAGGCUUGAAAUACAGCGUCUUGAGAAAGAGAAAUGGCGUCAACUGGAAGAAAAAGAUCGGCAAAGGAGAAGAGAAGAACUUGAGGAACUCUAUUUAUUAGAGGCGUGUUUUCCUGAAGCAGAGAAAUUGAAACGAGAGACUAGAUUGCUUUCUCGGUGGAAACACUAUAUUCAAUGUGACGGGAGCCCUGAUCCUUCAGUAUCCCAAGAAUUGAAUACUUUCAUUACCUUGUGGAAAGAGGAAACAAAUGAGACCUUUGAGCAAGUGAUUGAGAAGAGUAAACUAGUACUAAGUUUAAUUGAGAAAUUGAAGCUAAUUUUAAUGGAAACCCCUUUGUAUGAGUUGGAAGAUAAAACUAUAAAACAAUACCAAGGGUCAAUUCUACAACUGCAGGAGCUCCUUCAUCUGAAGUUUAAUGUGGCUACAGAAAUACUUCUCAGGCACGCUAGUACUUUAGCGGAUCUGGACAGUGGAAAUAUGGAAAGGAUCAUUCACGGUGAAAACAUCACGCUGUAUAUUUGGGCGAACCUCAAGAAGAAUCCGAGGCACAGAAGUGUCCGAUUCUCUGAAACACAAAUUGGCUUUGAAAUUCCGAGGAUAUUAGCAGCAAGUGAUAUUGCUCUACGUCUCUUCCAUACUCAUUACGACCACGUUACUCCCCUGCGCCCUUUGCCGCCACCACCACCACUACCCGAAGAAGAAGAAAAUGCUCCCACAGUACCUGAGGUUGUCAAAGAGGAAGUGAAGGUUGUAGAAGAAGCCGUCAACCAAGAGGACCAAGAAGAGUCCAGGCAGCAAGAAAGUGAAUCUAACUUAAUUAAUGAAGAAGAAGUAAGAGUUGAGGAUCAAGGAGAUCCUGUUCAUGAAGUGCACACGGUUUCUGUCAAGGAAGAACCUGAACCCCCAAAAUGUGAACCGAAGAUAGCAUUACUAAGUAAAAAAAUUUCAGCAGCACAGUUGUUGCUCAUCAAGAAUGCUCCUGAAAAGCCUGAUACCUUUGAAGAAAACGAAGUGGACUUGUUCCAGUUCACAACUCUGGGUGGAGUGUACAACUUGGAGAUCCUGGAGCUUCCUCCACAGUGUAAAGCAGUGAGGGGAUGGAUGAUUGUGGAACUGCUCAAAGAAGGAUUACAGAAGUACACAUAUCCUCCAGAAUCUGUGGAAGACAAUGAGACAGAAAACGCUUUCCCACCCAUCGAGGUCACAGUUGAGGUUCAUGAAAAUGUGGUCUUCUUUGAGGAUCCUGAAGUUGUCAGGUGGGAUGCCGAAGGUCAAUAUUGGAGAACCGAUGGCAUCAGCAACAUAUCGUACAAACAGAAAGAAAGACUUAUAACGUUUAGCCUGGAAACUUUUGGCCCUAUCACCUUGAUCCAAGAUACUCACAUUAACAUGCCGUACCAAUCAUGGGAGCUAAGGCCAAUGGAUUCAAAUACAGUACUUUUGACUGUGACGACAGUGUUCACUGAGAUUCAAAUACAAAUUACGGAAAACCUCUGCAUGUUAGCUUCGAUCAGACUGAAAGACCAAGAACAUCUCUCUCUUUUGGAAGGAAAAUGGAUGGCUCCUGUUCCUUUCAUUACUGCUUUGAAAGAAGCUGGACUGAAUAUCUUCCCUUCGGAAUACUCUCAUUUCUAUGUUGUAAUGAACCAUAAGCUUCCUUUGGUAGAAAUGAAAGCUUACCGACAAAUGGCCCUGCUCAGUUCAGCUUUUGCAUUUGGUUGGAGCAAGUGGAAUAUGCUCUGCAAUUCUACAAAAGUUGUAUUUAAGGUGCGAGAACACCUUACAGAAGAACCCGUGGAGAAUCCCACCUGGGAGCUUUUACUGUUCAGUGGGGACAGAGCGCAGAGACUCAGGAUGGAGGAGGACAGCGAGUCCUUCUCUGAAGCACUCAGAGAAGACACGGAGUUCCAUUCCACCUUAUUUCACAUGGUCAAGGACUUUGCUUCUACAGAAGCAAUGGACAGAGUGCGGGCUCCGCCGUGCCUGCUGAUCGACUCCGUGUGCCACCUGCUGUUCUCCACGAGACUCCUCAGCUACUCCUAAUCGCCACUUCCACUAAGCAUGGUAGAGAAGCAUCAGGUAUGAGUGACUGUAGCAUUCACUUGCGGUUAAUUUACUUUAAACAAAGUAGAGUUUUGUCUUUGAGCACUAAGCUGAACGUUCACUGUAUUUCAAUGGUUCUUUAUUUCAAUAAAGUUUAGCGAACAAUAUAUAAUAUCUUUCUCUAAAAGACCACACCCUGCACGAAUGGAGGGGAUGCAAAAUAUCUGACAGUCAUUCUGAGAACCUCUCGUUUGGAGUACUCUCCCAGGUAAAACUUACUAAUUUACAAAGUUCAGAGGUGCUGCAGUCACACCGGUGGUGGCCCAUUGUGUCGCAGUCUGGUGAACGGCCACAGGAGAUUCUCUAGGGCGCCCCAGGAGUCCCCUUCCUGGGUGGGAGCCGCUUCCACAGCCUUCUGGAAGAAUGGUCCCGUGAGGAAGCUCAUCAAAGCUGCCAGCAGGACGAUGAAGGCAACAGAAAGCCACAGGGCCUUAUUCGCCUUGUGGAUGGAGGUCUUCAGAUGUGCUGCCCAGGAAGCUCCUGUGUCGUAACUACAAGGGAAACACAGCAUUGGGUAUGCCUAUCCCUACAUACCACCCGUACAGCCUUCUGCAUUUCCUGUCGUGAUGGACCAUCUUGGUUUGGGGUAUAGUUGUCAGAAAUGCUGUGCUACAAGAAUCUGAAAAUUCGGGGAUUUAGGCAUUAACUCUUAGCAGGUAUACAUAUUGUUUCCUGGGUAGUUAGGCAGAAUGUGUAUAUGAUCAUGCCCCAUGUUACAUAUUUCCCACUAUAUGUGGGAAAUACAUUACACUGUAACGUAACCUGUAUUUGUUUUAGAGCCACCCACAAACUGAAAUGACUCUAAGUAGUCUGAAACUAGUAUACUGUCUACCGCCAGGAUAACCAAGCAUUUUCUGUGCGCUAAUUCAUCUAAUGACAAUAACCGCGUGACAUAGGUACCAUUACCUUCUAUGUCAAAGAUAACGGAAUGGCUGCUGCCUCUCCACUGCAGAAAACACAGCGCUUAUUGUAUAACCGAACGGUACCCUUGCAUCAUGAGCGUACUACUGAGCAGAGAGACAACUUACACUGUGGAGACAUCCCAUUUGGAGGAGUUAUUUUUCUUUUCAGAGAGACUUGACUUCCUUGUUCUUUCUACUAUUUCUUCUCUGGGUGGUUCUAAGUCAUCUUUAGUUCUGGAAAUAAAUUGCUGUUAAAUGUUUGUAACUAAAAAUGUUUACAUUUAUAAAAUAUCGCAUAC